AUGAAAGUCGGUACAAAGAGAUAUAUGGCACCGGAACUAUUAGAUGAGACGUUAAAUCCCGACAUAUUUGACAGCUUUAAAUGUGUAGAUAUCUAUGCGUUCUCUCUCGUACUGUGGGAGAUAGCUAGAAGAUGUUACUCACAAGGUAUUGUAGAAGAUUACAAGCCGCCAUUUUGGGACAUGGUUCCGUCAGAUCCGUCGUUUGAAGAUAUGCGUAAAGUAGUUGUUGUAGACCAGUAUAGGCCAGUUAUACCUAACAGAUGGUCCUCAGAUACAACUCUGUCUCAGUUAUCACGUACAAUGAAGGAAUGUUGGAACCAGAAACCCAAGGCGAGAUUAACAGUGUUACGGUUGAAAAAGACACUUCGUAAACUUUGGGACGAUGCGCAAGAUGACAAACUCAUGGAUAAAAACAGUCUCAAAGAUAAAAUUAUUUCCGAGAAAAUAAUAGACAAGAUGGCAGACGUUUGAUUUGUGAAUGCUGGGAGUUUAAUGUGCAAAAUUCUUCAUUUAGAUUUGAAUAAAUAAAUCGUCAGAUCUGAUUUAUGACUUCGCUUGCAAACUGGUUGACAAUGAACAGUUUUGGCAUUUUGCCAGAAAUCGAUUCGCAUGUUCAUAGAACUAACUAGAAGGGUCUUUGUAGUAUUGAAAUUAAUCAUGAUUAUUAAGUUGAGUCACCAUCUAAUAUAACAUGUAUAAUCACGAGCUAUUUGGGUAGAUCAGUCAUUAAAU